CUAAUGUUUGAACAUUUAUUAAAAUUAAAUACAAAUUUCUUUAAAAUAUUUACUCAUCGUGAAUGGGCAAUAAUUUCUACACUUUUAAUUGCUAAUUUUGUUAACACAAUAACUUUCAAUUGCAUGGAUGCUUUUUAUCCAAAAGAAGCUAAUAAAAGACAAAUAAAUACUGGUGAUAUUGGUUUAAUUAUUGGUACAUAUCAAUUAAGUAGAUUUAUAAUGGCACCUUUUACUGGAAAAUAUAUAAUGAGUAUUGGAACUUCAAAGGCUUUCUUUUUUAGCCUUUUCUUAACUGCAUUUACAGCUUUUGGAUUUGGGUACUUUAAAAUCAUAAAUAUAAUUUUAAUAACAAUUUACUUUAUUUUUAGAUUACUUACCCUAUUACCAAACGGUUUUUAUUUCUUCUGGGCUUCCUUAGCUAUUCGGAUCAUUCAGGCACUUGCUAGAACCGUUUUUGUUAUAAGUUCAUUGACUAUUAUGGCACAACUUUUUCCUGCAAACAUCUCACUUUUGGGGGGCCUACUUGAAGCAUUUGCUGGUUUUGGAUACAUCUCAGGGCCAGUAAUAGGAAGUAUCUUAUUCGAAUUUGGGGGGUUUAUAACUCCAAAUUUCACUUUUGGAACAUUAAUGGCAUUGACUGGAAUAGCUUUUGCCUUCACCACAAAGUUGAAGAAAAACAAAGAUAAUAAAGGAGGAAAACAUGGAAAAAGUUUCAAAAAUAUUUCCUUAAUUUAUCCACAAAAAUCUGGACAAUUAUCUGAAGAAUCUUCCAAUUCCUCUGAUUUUGAAGCAUUAUCAAAGUCUUCUAAAUGUAGUUCUAAUACAAAAAUAAAUAAGACUAACAAGGAUAUUAAUUCAUCGAAUAAUGGACUUUUAUCAGUUCUUAAGCUACCCAGUACAUGGCUUAUUAUGUUAGUGAUAACUACUCGUGGGAUUACUUGUUCUUUCUUUCAGGCACCUUUGCCAGAACAUUUAAACUCGUUAAAUUCUUCCGCAGUGAUCAUUGGCACUGUCUAUACUAUAAUGAGUAUCAGCUACUUUAUGAGCGCUCCAAUAUGGGGAUUAUUUAUGGGAUUGAAUAAAAAGAAAUGUCAAAAUUCUGCCAUAAUUGUUACAAUAAUUGGGUCAAUAUUAGCUUUUCUAUCAACAUUUUUGAUGGGGCCAUUCCCUCUUUUACCAAUCCAAAAGACUAUUCCACUCAUUAGCGUUUCAUUUGCACUGCUGGGCUGCGCAUCUGCUGCUUUAUAUAUUCCCGUCUUUCAACUUUGCUCGGAUAUCUCAAAAUCGUCGGAUGAAGAAUCGACCCGAAUAUAUGCUUGUCUGUUCGGAUUAGUCCAGUCAUCCUCAACUCUAGGGUUUUUAAACCUUUUUUUAAAUAAACAGAAUAAUUUCAGAUCGUUUGCUGGUAACAUACUCGGAGGGUUUGGUGCUCAAAAAUUGGGGUUUGCCUGGACUUGCUCAAUUAUUUCUUUUUCUCAUUUUGUUUUCAUUUUUAUUAUUGUUUCUUACUCAUUGUUAUUUAAAUUUAAUGAAAAUAAAAGUUAG